AUGCACCUCGACUUUUUUUGGCAACACCACCAAACUCAACCCACAGCCCCACCCACCUGCUCUCCUCCCACCCCCCUCCAACCGGCUAUGGAGAAAGACGUCGCUAGUCCCGAACGCCGACAAGCCUCCACGGUUGCUGCUGCGACAACCGCCGCGGUCAGUGGCAACAGGAGUGACGCCAACGACCGGUCUGAUCUUUUCUCGCAUUCUCGACCGAGCCCAUUCGAGCCCACCCUGCCAGCCUCACACCCUCUGGCCAUCCACCAGUCGAGCCAACCCACACGCAGCAUGCCCGCUAGCCAGCCCAUAGCUCCACCCUCGCCAAUACCGACGGAGGGCGACCCUGUGGCGGCGACUGUCCCUUCUUCUUCUUCUUCUUCUUCUUCUUCUUCUGUGUCGUCGCGAACAUCGCCCCUCCCACCAACCCACAGCACCGCGUCCAACCAAACAGUAUCCCUCUCGACGGCCGGGAUCCGGGCCCUCGUGUACCAGCUCCAGGCCAUCUACAUCCGGACGCCCGUCAAGCUCUUCCGACCCUCGCGCUUCGACUACCUCGCGUACGUGUGUGAGCUUGCCAACCAGCACGAGAACCUCACCACCAAGCCUUAUUCCAUCCGGACCCACUCUUCCUUGGGCAUGCUCUUCAACGUGGUCCGUAAGGAGGGCUGGAGGUUCAUCCCGGACAAGGUUCUCCCCCCAUUGCUCGCCAACUCCGCCACCGGGCUCAUCCUUUACGCGUCAUAUUUGACCGCCUUGGAUCUGUUCACGGGGGCCACAGCCGCAGCAUCUACUGCCACAGCUUCCACUGGCACUGGCACUGGUACUGGCACUAGCACUGGCACUAGCUCUGGUGGAUCAAUCCCGGCCUACUCCUUUGUAGACACUUGGAAGGCAGGAUUCCUUGCCGGGGCCGCACAAUCACUUGCUGCGGCUCCGGUGGACGCCAUCUACACUCGGCUGAACGCAGCAGAAAUGCUCAAUGGCCACCAUCAAAACCUCUGGGUGUACGGACUCCAGAAGCUCCGCGAGAUCGGACUUGUUGGAGUCUUUGCCGGCUACUCGUUCUCCCUUGUCAAGGAAAGUUUGGGCUUUGCCUUUUAUUUCUCCACUUUUGAAACCGUCAAGACCCGAGGCUACAACGCCACCUAUCGGAUGGUGCGGGCGUAUCGUCGCUUCAAGCUCCGUUGGAACCAUUUGGUUCCCUCGGCCUGGCGUCUGUCACAACCCCCCCUCGACCCAACAAAGGUCCACCUAGAACAAACAAGACUGACCAAAAUCCUCCGAUCUUCAUUUGUGCUCAUUGCUGGGGCUCUGGCAGCCUUCUCCCUCUUGGCGGUGCAAUAUCCUCUCACCAAGAUCCAGAAAAUGCAUCUUGCCCGUCUAGAAGUGUUGGACAUCUACAGUGCGUCCUCGGCCCCGUCGUACCGACCCUUUGUCAAGCUCUACUACAACCUGUACAUCGACACCUACCACCAGAUGAUCAAGAUCAAACAGAAGCUGAAGCUCACGUGGUUCCAGCUCGGAUACAAGGGGUUUGUACGCAAUGCCCUCACCACCAUCCCGGCCACCUCGGUUGGACUCUUGGUGUUUGAGAUCAUGCGGACAAAGCUUUCUGAUCUGAUCGAUGAUGGAGUCUUGGAAUAG